AUGUAUUUUUUACACAUUAUUAGGGUGUUGGGUGGCAACACUGCCUCCUUGCAUCUGAAGGAGGGAAGCUGGGUGCUUGCGAAACCAAAUGGCAAGAUCAGUGGGGAGUGGUCGCACCAGCGCCGCCGACAUGAGGAGCUGGCAGAAGGGCAAGGAAGCAGUGAUGCUCGCGAAAUGGCAAGGAUGCCACUGUGGAGCUGGCAGAAGUGCGAGGAGGGCGAUGCUACUCACAAAUGGGGAGGGAGUGGUUGCACUAGUGCCGCCGCUGUGGUUGAGUUAGCGGAAGUGCAAAGCGGGGGUGCUGCUCAUGAAACAGUGAGGUCGUCGCAGUGGAGCUGGCAGAAGUGUGAGCACCAAGACAGCAGUGCUGCUCAUGAAAUGGCAAGGCCAGCGGGGCCAGCAGAAGUGCAAGGCACCAAGGUAGUUGCGCUGGCGAAAGGGUAG